AUGAAGACCUACACUUUUGGCCUUGGCGCCGCUCUCGCUCUCGCCGCACCUUCCGCCGCCUUCCUGAUUCCCUCGACCGCCGACGGCGUCCUCCCCAACCGCGAGUUCAACCUGGUCGACACAAGCUCGCAGCUGCUGACGCUCGACUGCCCCGGCUGCCCGUUUGCCGGCUCAUCCGACGAGGAUCUCGUGUGGGUGCAGGGCAUCGAGAACUCUCUGUUGCUGAACUUCUCUGUCGUCGACAGCCACAAGGUCGAACUGAAUGGCGUGCCUCUCUACCCGCCUUCGUUCGACACCAUUCCUCAGCCGAUUCCCGUGUACCAGGUUCGGGCCGAUAUCCCGUUGACUGACAUCCGCGCCAACAUUGGCAAAUACACCGACAAGCCGCUCCGCAUCUCGGCCUAUGCCCUGGAAAUCGAUCCCUCCGUCACCAGCUCUGAUGGCGAUGAACUUGUUCCCAUGACUCUGCAACUGUCCUCCCUUGAGGCGCACCGCAUCGGCGUCCCGGCUCUCUCGGUCAAGCUUAUCAAGCACCUCGAGGGUGAGAUCUCCAUCAUGCCCAUCACCGUUGCGGCUCCCAUCCACGGAAGCAAGCCGCAGCAGGAUGAUAAGGAAUGCGAGAGCUGGCCUGUCCUUUGCAAAUGGCGUGCGAUGAUCUCGGACCGCAUCCAGGGCAUGAAGGGUGGUCUGAACAAGGUCAAGGGCGGUUGCAUGAAGGGUCGUCCUCACGGCGCGGCCAGACCUGAUGAGGCGCAGGCGGAGCGUCCCCACCGCCGUCCGCACCACGGCCCUCACGGCAUCAUGCGCCACCACCGUAGCAGCGCUGUGGCCCAGUUCUUCACGACGAUUGGCCGCAUCAUGAUCCCCAUCGCCAUCGGCAUCUCCAUCGGUGCCUUUACCUAUGCUCUCGGUUGGCUGCUUGGCUGCAUCAUUGCUUAUGCCUACGUCAAGAUCCAGCAGAGGCGCGGAAAGGGCUACGCCGCCGUCGCUGUUGAUGAGGAGGAAGCCUUGACCAAGGAGGACAUUCCGAAGGAGGCGCCUCCGGUCUACACGGAGAAGGAGGUCGUCGCUGACGAGGAGGGAUUUGAGGACCGCCAGCUGUAA